UUUUUUUUUUUUUAAAUGUUAUGAAUUGCUGCAAGAAAUGUUUGCAGUGAAACUUGAAAUAAACUCAAGUGUGUGAAUAGUUGAUACGGUUGGCUAUGCAAAUAAAAUAUGCAAAAAACAAAGAGCUGAAACCCAGGGCUGGCAAGAUGACUCGGUGAGUAAAAGGCCUGGUCCAUCAAACCUGACAACUUGAGUUUCAUCCCCAGAACCCACAUGCUGGAAGGAGAGACCUGCCUGCCAGUUUUCCGCUGACCCCCCCACCCCAAACUUGCUGCCAUGCACAUACUAAAAUAAGUUUUUGUUUGCUUGUUUACUUUUCAUGACAGGAUUUCAUUGCAUAGCCCUGGCUGUCCUGGAUCUAGCUCUGUAGAUCAGGCUAGCCUCAGUCUCACAGAGAUCCACCUAUCUUUGCUUCUGCAGUGCUGGGAUUAAAGGUGUAUGCUGCCACCACCCGGCUGUUUUACAUAUUUUAUAGCCUCUCCAAUUUACACAAUCUAAUUAAAAAAUGGGAACUGAACUGUUGUAGGUGGCUCAGUUUCAUUUCAUUAGCUGUGUUAAAAUACCCUGAGAGAGGCAACCUGAGAGAGAAAGGUUUAUUUGGCUCAAGAUUCCAGGUUGUGAUCCAUAAUCCUGGGGAAGUCAAGGCAACAGAAAUGUUAAGCCGCUGGUCAUAUGACAUCCACAGUCGAGAGCAAAGAGCACUGACUUAAUGCAUGCUUGCUAGUGCUCAGCUUGCUUUCUCCACUCUUACAUAACGUAGGAUCUCUGUCCCAAGGAAUGAGGCUGCCCAUCGUGGACAGGUCUUCCCACUUCAGUUAACAUAAUAAAGACAUGCCCCCCAGGCCAGCCUAAUUAGACAAUCCCUUAUUGCUCCUCCCUUUCCCAGAUGGUUCUAGAUUAUCUCAAGUUGAUAGUUAACUGUUACAUUAGAGUUUUGUUUUUGCUUUUGUUUCCCAAGACAGCACAUUUGCAAUACGGUUUGUAACCAGGCUCUGUAACAUGAAGAUAUAUAAUGUUCGUGGUUAACUGUACCAGUUGCUUGGGAAAAGCUUGUUCUCCCUGUGCCUUUUAUUUCUCUCCUAAUUCUGAUCAUGCCAUUGCAGGGCCUACUGUCAUUCAAGGAUGUGGCUGUGGCCUUCACCCAGGAGGAGUGGCAGCAGCUGGGCUCUGAGGAGAAGACAACAUACAGGGAUGUGAUGCUGGAGAACUACAGCAACCUCGUCUCCGUGGGGUAUGAUGUUACCAAGCCAAAUGUGAUUAUUAAGUUGGAGCAGGGAGAAGAACCAUGGUUGGUAGAGGGUGACCGCCAUGCUCAGAGUCAUUUGAAAAUCAGUAAAGUUGAGGACACCAUAGAGAAAACACAAGAAAAUGAAGACAAACAUAUGAGGCAAGCUGAUGAUCUCAAUAGCCAAAGACCAGAGAAGGGGGAUGCGUUUGAUACAACUUAUAACCUAGAACCACACCUCAUUUCUUCAAGCACAGCAGCUCACAGUUGUGUCUCCUGUGGGAAGACUUUGGAAUCUAUUUCAGAAUUAAUUAGUAGUGAUGGAAGGUAUGCAGUAGAGAAGCCCAACAAGUGUAUUGAUUGUGGGGAAACAUACAGAGAGAAAGCGGAUGACUUUAAUCAAAAUGGGGAUACUUCUUCUCAACAUGAUGAAAGUAUUCUGCAGAAAAUUACCAUUUUGGAGAAACCCUUUGAUUAUGGGUGCAUGGAAGCCUUAGACAGUGAAACUGUUUUCUUGGCUCAUGAGAGAGCUUAUAUGGGGGAGAAGCCCUAUGAAUGGGAUGAUUCUGGACCAGACUUCAUUCAGAUGUCAGAUUUCAAUGCAUACCAGAGAUCACAAAUGGAAAUGAAGCCCUUCGAAUGUACGCAGUGUGGGAAAUCCUUUUGUAAAAAGUCCAAAUUCAUCAUACAUCAGAGAGCUCAUACAGGAGAGAAACCAUAUGCAUGUAAUGUGUGCGGAAAGUCCUUUAGUCAAAAGGGAACCCUCACUGUACAUCGGAGAUCACACUUAGAGGAAAAACCUUAUAAGUGUAAUGAAUGUGGGAAAACCUUCUGUCAGAAGUUACAUCUCACACAACAUCUGAGAACUCAUUCAGGAGAAAAGCCCUAUGAAUGUAGUGAGUGUGGGAAAACGUUCUGCCAAAAGACACACCUCACUUUACACCAGAGAAAUCAUUCUGGGGAGAGGCCCUAUCCAUGUAACGAAUGUGGGAAAUCCUUCUCCCGAAAGUCUGCCCUCAAUGACCAUCAGAGAACACACACAGGAGAGAAGCUUUAUAAGUGUAAUGAGUGUGGUAAAUCCUACUACCGAAAGUCCACUCUAAUUACACACCAGAGAACACACACGGGGGAGAAGCCCUAUCAGUGUAGUGAGUGUGGGAAGUUCUUUUCUCGAGUAUCAUAUCUCACCAUACACUAUAGGAGCCAUUUAGAAGAAAAACCAUAUGAGUGUACAGAAUGUGGGAAAACCUUCAAUCUAAACUCAGCUUUCAUUAGGCAUCGGAAGGUACAUACAGAAGAGAGAGUACAUGAGUGUAGUGAAUGUGGGAAGUUCUCCCAGCUGCAAUAUCUUCCUGAUCACACAAAUGACUUAGGAGAGAAACACUAUGAAUGUAAUGAGUGUGGGAAAACCUUCCUUGAAAAUUCAGCCUUCAAUGGACACCAGCCCAUUCCAGAAGGUGAAAAAAUUUAUGAAUGUAAUAUAUGUGGAAAGUCAUUCUCUGAUUUGUCGUACUAUACUGUACAUUACAGAGGUCAUUCAGAAGAGAAACCCUUUGGCUGUAAUGAAUGUGGGAAAACCUUCUCUCAUAAUUCAUCCCUCUUUAGACAUCAAAGAGUACACACAGGUGAAAAGCCGUAUGAAUGUUACGAAUGUGGAAAAUUCUUCUCUCAGAAGUCAUAUCUCACUAUUCAUCACCGGAUCCAUUCAGGAGAGAAGCCCUAUGAAUGUAGCAAGUGUGGGAAAGUCUUCUCUCGGAUGUCAAAUCUCACUGUACACUAUAGAAGCCAUUCAGGAGAGAAACCUUAUGAAUGUAAUGAAUGUGGAAAAGUCUUUUCUCAGAAGUCAUACCUCACUGUACAUUACCGGACUCAUUCAGGAGAGAAACCUUAUCAAUGUAAUGAAUGUGGGAAAAAAUUCCAUCACAGAUCAGCCUUCAAUAGCCAUCAGAGAAUUCAUAAAAGAGGGAAUAUAAAUGUACUCAAUGUGGAAAAUCUCUGACAUCUCAAUUCAAAAAACCAAACAUUUGGUUAUAAUGAACAUUGGAAGUUCAAUAGGGAGUCAAGGGUGGAUUUUCCCCCCAAUUUUUAUAUUUGUGGUGCUGGGAAUUGAAUAAAGGGCCUUUUGCAUGCUAUAGAUGCUCUACACGGAGCUGCACCCCAGUGAUUCAUAAGUAGAGCAUCCGUGAGCUUUGAGAAGUCCUAAAACAAAAUCUACUUUAACCUGAAUUUUCAGAGAAGAGUCUGUAGAAGUUCAGCAAGAAGCAAACCAUGACCAUGUAACUCACGGGACACUAGAUAAUUUUUACAGGAGUGAAACUUUCAAAGUAUUUAAUAUUUAUUUUUGAUUUAAAUUGUAUUUACAUAUCAGGGAGUCUUCCUAAGAAAUGUCAUUAAGGUGACUAUGUAACACACUUUGGAAACAAGCUAAAAGCCAUAUUUGUAAUGUAAAAGCAGGUGUUUAUAGAAAAUAUGCAAGAAGUUAUCUGUUCUGAAUAAACUUAUAAAAGGAAUUUAUAAAGUUGAGAGUUGAUCAUAAGUGUGACUAAAUAUGUGGCAUCUGAUGUUUUAGAAAUGCAAUUUAAUCUGUGAAAUUUUUUUGUAACUGUGGCUUUGAAUAAUUUGUGAAAACGUGGUAUUAUUAGAAUGACCAAGUGUUACAAUGGGAUAUAUUGGUGAAAUAUGUUAUAAAAUAGGAAAGUACAUAAUUUUUCUAUUUAGAAUUUACAAGCAGAUUUUUUUUAUGUUAAUGCUUACCAGUAGAGUGGUUUUGUAAAAAUUUUUCAACUGGAAUUGAGCAAAAUUUUUUAAAAAUACUAUUUUGAUAAACUUUA